AUGUCAACUUUUGUUGUUGAAGUUGCAGUGAUUACAAAAGAUUCUGAUUUUGAUAAAUUAAAUUCAAAAUUUAGAGAUGAUUACUUUGCAGAAGAAACUUCUGUAAAACUGAGAUGGAUAAUUAAUCCAAAGAAUAAAAAUAUUUGG